AUGGGUGACGUCGAAAAGGGCAAGAAGAUCUUCCAGCGCGCUUGCGCUCAGUGCCACACCGUCGAGAAGGGUGCUCCCCACAAGCAGGGCCCCAAUCUCAACGGUCUCUUUGGCCGCAAGACUGGCCAGGCCGAGGGCUUUGCUUACUCCGAGGCCAACAUUAACAAGGGCAUCACCUGGGGCGAGGACACUCUCUUCGAGUACCUCCUGAACCCCAAGAAGUACAUUCCCGGCACCAAGAUGGUCUUUGCUGGUCUCAAGAAGAAGUCGGACCGCGAGAACCUCAUUGCCUACCUCAAGGACUCUUGCGCAUAA